AUGAUCCCCGCUACCAAGCGGACAGUCAACUCAUGUCUGCGAUGCCGCGCGCGAAAGAUUCGCUGCGGGCGCGAAAAACCUGAGUGUCAGAAUUGCGCGCGUCAUGGUCAUUCCUGCCGAUAUGCCCCCACGACUCCUAGUGAGCCGAUUCAGACGAACGCCACAAGGCCCGAAGGUUACGAUGCACCGUACAAAGAGCUUGCACAGCGAUUAAGUCAUCUUGAGACGGUAGUCGCGCGACUGGCAGGUAAUGCGGCUGGAAGCUCUCCUCCGGAGGGUUCUGCUGUUUCCAGUAUCGGCGAUGUUCAAAUUGUGGAUAGUGAGCCACGCCUCUUAUCAGGGUCAUACUGGAAGCAGCUGGCUGCACAGCACCCCGAUUUCGAAACCCUCUUAGACGCGGACCAAGGUCCACACCCACCCUUGAAACGAGUACAGCCCAUUCAGCCUUUGAAUCUAUUUGUCGCCCCAGACCCCGAAUUUCACCCGCAGGCAUAUAUGCCACCACUGCCUGACGCCGAGCGAUUAUAUGCAAUUUUCCUCGACCAGGUGGACCCAGUUGUGCGCAUCAUUCACAAGCCGACAUUUUUGGAGGAAAUGAAAGAGUACUUUCUCCAAAUUGGACAUGAUAACGAAGUUGAUAGACGAUCGACGGCAGCAUUCGAGGCUCUUCUUUUUGCCGUGUUGUUCAGUGCUCUCACUAGCUUAUCCGAGCAGGAGCAGUGGGACCCAUCGCCUCUUUGCGAGGACACUGUCCCUUCACAGGUCAAGCAGGGAUGUUUAAAAGCUCUUCGGCUCGCUAUUGAGCAGAGUUUAGUCCGAUCAGAGUUUCUUGAAAGGCCAUGCCUAAACUCAAUCUCGGCUUGCUGUCUGUUUUUGUUUGUAACGUGUGAAGAAACGGAUGUCCCAUACCACUAUUGCUUGACUGGUCUCUUGCUACGCGUUGCGCGAUCAUUUUCUCUUCAUGUGGACCCCGAGGUGCUGGCAGACCGGACGCGAAUCCAAAAACCAGCACAAGCUCCAUUCAGCGCUGUUGUUGCCGAAGUUCGCCGACGAGUCUGGCACGUCAUUGUCCACCUCGACUUCAUGUCUAGCGAAGCACGUGGCGUAGAUCCUGAGCCCAUCAGCAUCCAAACCUGGCCUACAACAGUUACGACUGCGUUACCGCGCAACAUGAAUGACGAAGAUAUUAUGCAGAACACACGGGAAGAUAAAACUAACGCCCGUUUUACUGAUAUGACCAUGUCUCUCGUUCGCUACCGACUUUCCCUCGGCCUGAGACAGCUGGUAACAACUCCUGUUCCCCCAGCUGGGUCUGAUACAAUCCAAACAUGCCUUGAUGGAACAGUAGAAUCAGUCGAGAGACAAUACUUGCAAUUCUGCCAUGCUAGCGACCCUAUUCAGAGAGUGACCCUGGAGCUUGGUCGCCUUGGUGAGUAUAAACUCCGACUCCUUGUGUAUCAUCGAUUCCUGAAAGAGCGUAAUGGCACUACCAAUAACAGCUACUGGAGCCCGGCUCGAAAAAAGGCCAUGGAGUAUGCCAAAGAUCUGAUUUCCUCCUAUCAGAAUCUUCUAGCAGACCCUGAUAUCAGACGCUUCCACUGGCACAUUCGACGGCAUUCCCAACUGCAUGGAAUGCUCCAUAUAAUCAACGAGCUAUCAACAAUUGAUACAGUCAAUCUAUCAGGUGAUAUCAAAGUUCUUUGCAAACAAGCUUGGGAAUCCAUUGCCGACGUGGAUAUGGAAUGCGGCAAUCCAGGAGAAGGAAAUAGUGAUGAGGAACGACUGUGGGCCUUUCUACACAAUCUACGUGAGCAAGUGAGGCUCCGCUUAUCCACCCAGGGAUUCAUCAGUCGAGGCUUUAGUACAAAUUCGGGUUGGGAAGCUGAGUACAAUGCCUCUAUGGGCGGUAUUGAUGGUACGAACCUGCUAGAGUCCCUGUUUGGUGGCCAGCUUGCUUCGUUUGGAUUUAGGGGUAAUAGUGGCAUGGAUCUUUGA